UCGGAGUUUGACAGACAAAGCAAAUCAGUCAGCAGCAGAGGCCUGGCAGUUCGAUUCCAAAUUGCGAGUUCCGCGGAGGUCCGCACAUCGAAAUUCGGUCCGAGAACGACGAGAAAAAAAAAGUGGCCAUCGGCAGUGUGUCCCAGGUGCGCCGUGACCGCAAAAAGACGAAUAUUCCGAUCGUUUCGCGUGUGCUGUUGCGCUGAAUAUGUAACGCGAAUAGUUUUGAAUUUUUCCAACAAUUUUUUUUAUUUUGUUUUUCGUGUUCCGUCGACGACGAGUUGGAAGGUUUUUUUUUCGGUUCUUUUCUGGGUGGUGAUUUUUGGCUGCGUGGAGAAGGCCACAUUGGACGGAGGAGCACUGGGAAAAAGAAUCGAGUUCAAGUGAUUGCAAACUACUGCAAAUUGAAGCAAUUACCGAUUUAGGGAAGCGAGACGACGACGACGAAGACGAAGACUAGGGUGGUCCAAAAUUAAAGGGAAGCAGCAUGGACGCGAAACCGCUGCAGGUGGUCGAGGCGGGCGAGGACCACACGUUCAUCCUGAACGAGGAUGCCCUGACGGAGAUUCUGCUCCAGGACAGCAUCAAGGACCGGUCGGUGGUGGUCAUUUCGGUGGCCGGUGCCUUCCGGAAGGGCAAAAGCUUUCUGCUGGACUUUUUCCUGCGAUUCAUGUACUCAAAGUACGUUCACCACCAGAGUGCGUCAGAGUGGCUGGGGGAUGAAAAUGAACCGUUGACGGGAUUUUCGUGGCGUGGUGGCAGCGAACGGGACACGACCGGCAUCCUGAUGUGGUCCGAUAUCUUUCUGCAUGACAAACCCAACGGCGAAAAGCUCGCCAUCAUCCUGCUGGACACGCAGGGCACCUUCGACAGCCAGAGCACGGUGCGGGACUGCGCGACCGUGUUCGCGCUCAGCACGAUGCUCUCGUCCGUGCAGAUCUACAACCUGUCCCAGAACAUCCAGGAGGACGACCUGCAGCAUCUUCAGCUCUUCACCGAGUACGGGCGGCUGGCGCUGGCCGACAGCGGCAAGAAGCCGUUCCAGCGGUUGCAGUUUCUGGUGCGCGACUGGAGCUUUCCGUACGAGGCCGAGUACGGUGCGUUGGGCGGAGAGGUGUUGCUGAAGCGACGCAUGGAAGUGCAGGAGAAGCAGCACUCGGAGCUGCAGUCGCUGCGGCGUCACAUCGCGAGCUGUUUCACGGAGAUUGCUUGCUUUCUGAUGCCGCAUCCGGGCUUGACGGUGGCCACGAACCAGACGUUUGACGGGCGGCUCGCGGACAUUACGCCCGAGUUUAAGAACAGCUUGAAGGAGCUGGUGCCGAUGCUGCUGGGGCCGGAGAAUUUGAUCCCGAAGGAGAUUAAUGGGCAACGGGUGAAGGCACGGGAUUUGGUUCAGUACUUCAAGUCGUACAUGGCGAUCUACAAGGGCAACGAGCUGCCGGAACCGAAGAGCAUGCUGGUGGCGACGGCGGAGGCAAACAACCUGACGGCGGUGGCCGCGGCCAAGGACAUUUACGCCCAGCUGAUGGAGGACGUUUGCGGUGGCAACAAGCCGUACCUCAGCUCGGCCCAUCUCGACUCGGAGCACGGACGGAUCAAGGAGAAAGCACUGCAUCAGUUUUCCUCCAAGCGCAAGAUGGGCGGUGAAGAGUUCUCGGAAAAGUACCGCGAAAAGCUCGAACAGGACCUGGACGAACAGUUCGGCACGUUCCGGGCGCACAACGAAAGCAAGAACAUCUUCAAGGCGGCGCGGACGCCGGCCGUCUACUUUGCGAUCGCCGUCGUCAUGUACAUCUUCAGCGGAAUCUUCGGCCUGGUCGGCCUGUACACGUUCGCCAACUUUGCCAACCUCAUCAUGGGCGUCGCGCUGCUCACGCUGGCCACGUGGGCCUACAUCCGGUACAGCGGCGAGCUGAGCGACUUUGGCGUGCGGUUAGACGAGAUCGCGAACCUCCUCUGGGAAAACAUCAUGAAGCCCAUCUACCAGUCCUGCAUGGAGAAGGGCAUCCAGCACGUGGCGAACCACGCGACCGAGUACGCAAUCGGCGGAGCAGGAGCAGCCUCACCGACGGGUUCCGGGGCCGGAAGUCCGCGCGGCCGCCAGCUCAACGGCAAGGUUAAGCACUCUUGAGAGUACGCUCGUGACGGCGUUGACGACGGCUGGUGGUGGCAACGGUGGCUUGGACCAACAACCGCCGGUAGAUCCGGAGGAGGAGGAGCAGGAGGAGGAGGACGAAUGGCCUGGUGGCCAUCCGGAAGUGGCGGCAGCAGCUCCAACAACAACAACAACAGUAGGUUAAGUGAUGUUUUCGAUAGCCUUAGAGGUAAAAAUAGCAACAGCAGCAGCAGAACCGUUAAACGAACUAUCGACACCGAGAACAAUAACAGCAGCAGCAGGACGACAAGUCGUGUGAGACGAGCGAAGAAGUAGAACGGUUCAAUCCCCCAAGCAAGAAAAAAAACAAACACAUGCACUCACACACAAAACCAUAAAUCAUUUAUGUUGCAUUUUUCCCUCUCUUCUUUCUUUUCACCUUGUUAAGAUAUUAUUAUUUUUUUGUUUGUAUCUGUUGUGAGUCUUGUUCCCAGAGAUCCCAAAAUUUAUACAACCAUUGAGAAGCUUAGUCAAAAUUUUUAAACAUGUACCCGAUUUUGCCGCAAAUCUGAACCGGAAAAGCAGAGCUGAAA